AUGCCGCCCAAAUUCGUGCCCCGCGAUCGCAAAAAGGGCAGAAUCGCCAAAGCCAAAGCAAGAAACCCGCACUCACACGACGAACCCGAAGAUGUAAACGCCGCCGAAAUCAUCCCUCCCACGCUUUCGGAAAAGGAAGCCCGUCGCACUGCGCUGCAAGAGGAGAUUCGCGCUCAAAACAGCACUGCUGUAAUUUCUGGCAAGAAAAAGAAGAGACUGGACAAAUACAUCGAUAACAAGCUCAAGAAAGAGGAGAACUUGGCUUUGAUCAAGAAGCUCGCUGCUCAGAAGGUUGACACGAGUCUGUUGCUGAGCUCGAAGAAAUUGGGUCGAGGUGGAGAGUCUGCGAGGGAGAGGCUGGAGAGGGCGCUGAGGGAGAAAGAGCAAGGAAUCAAUCUUGAAGCAAACGAUGCUAUACUGUUUGAGCAGAGAAAGAGGCCGGCGCAAGACUUGGAGAGUGAGUCUGAUGAUGAGCAGACCUCGACACCACAAGCAAACGGUUCAAAAUCAGCACCCGCCAAAGUCUCAGCACCCGCCUCCGCACCUGCAGCAGCACCAGGCAAGGGCGGGCUCUUUGCUGCCGGUGGCCUGUUUGGCAGUGGCCUGAAGAGACCGCUCGAGACAGACGAGGAAGGAAAGCCCGUCAUCAAGAGCAGGAAACGCACAAAGGUUAUCACCAAGUCUGCCCCCGUAGUCGCUCAGGAGCCAGAAUGGGACGGCUUCUCUGGAGACGAGGAUGGCGAGGAUGGUGAAGACGAAGAUGAAAGUUUAGAGGAGGAUAUUGAAGACGGCGAAGAAGACUCGGAAGAGGAGGAUGAGGAAGACGACUCGGACGACGAGGAUUCAGACGAAGAUUCGGAAGAAGAGUCCGACUCGGACGACGAGGAUAUGGAAGACGCAGACGCUGCCAAAGAGGCACAAAAAGCUCGUUCUUCGGCCUUCAAGAUGUGGGCCACUGAGAAACGCAACGAGGCCAUAGGCUUCGUCCCAUCAUCAAACCUCGAAGCUGUAAAUUCGACGACGGUCAAACAACCCACAAACUUUGUGCCUCGCGCUCCCUCACCGGAAACGCUUCCUCCAGAGCUCGCUGUAUCCGCUACUACAGAAUCAGACAACCGUCCUGCCAUCAGUCUCGUCAUUCCUCGCACCCCCGAAAUUCAAGAGGCCAGGUUGAAGUUGCCUGUUGUGCAAGAAGAGCAGAAGAUCAUGGAAGCUGUUCACAACAACAACGUCCUGGUUGUAUGGGGUGCUACCGGUUCCGGUAAAACAACUCAGGUCCCCCAGAUGAUGUUCGAAAGUGGUUACGGAAGCAAGAUCGGUCAAACAGACGGAGAUGGCAAGGCCAAGGGCAUGAUUGGUGUCACCCAGCCUCGUCGUGUUGCCGCUGUCAGUGUAUCUGAACGUGUAGGUACUGAACUGUGCGAUAUGAAGGAUCGCGUCGGUUAUCAGAUUCGUUUCGACACCACCGUCUCGAAAGACACUGCCAUCAAAUUCAUGACCGAUGGUAUCCUGCUGAGAGAGAUUGCCAACGACUUUAUCCUGUCCAGAUACUCUGCCAUUGUCAUUGAUGAGGCUCACGAACGUUCGGUCAAUACUGAUAUUCUCAUUGGUAUGAUGAGCAGAAUUGUCGACCUUCGUGCUCAAAUGGCAAAGGAGGAGCCCGAGAAGUACUACCCCUUGAAGCUCGUCAUCAUGAGUGCCACUCUCCGCAUCACCGACUUCACCGAAAACACUCGUCUCUUCAGAAACGGCCCACCUCCGAUUGUCAAGGCAGAGGGCAGACAAUACCCCGUCACCGAUCACUUUGCCCGCAAGACGACGCACGACUAUGUUGAUGACAUGUUCCACAAGGUCACUAGAGGCCACAAGAAGCUACCACCUGGAGGCAUGCUCUGUUUCUUGACUGGUCAACAAGAGAUUAUUCAGCUCGCCAAGAAGCUGCGUCAACAUUUCCCUGCCGAUACUGGCAGUCAAGCCAAGCAACCCAGAGUUCAUGUAUCUGCAGCAGAUGCUCCUCUGGAGAUUGAUGACAUGGAUGCCGAAGCUCAGCCUGCGCCUAGAAAGGACGAAGACGAUGACGAUGACGACUCGGACGUCGAGAUCACAGGCUUGGAAGAUGAAGAGGACGACAAAGAAUUCGUGAUUGAAGGCGAAGAGCAGCCUGUGGAAGCGCUCAGGGUCCACGUUCUGCCCCUGUAUUCCCAACUUCCCACAAAACAACAACUCAAGGUCUUUGAGGAGCCACCAGCAGGUUCAAGAUUGAUCGUUCUUGCCACCAACGUCGCCGAAACAUCUCUUACAAUCCCUGGAGUUCGCUACGUCUUUGACUGCGGUCGUUCAAAGGAAAAGAAAUACGAAGCCUCGACUGGUGUUCAGACAUUCGAAAUUGACUUUAUCAGCAAAGCCAGUGCUGCUCAAAGAGCCGGUCGUGCCGGUCGUACGGGACCUGGUCACUGUUACCGUCUCUACUCGUCUGCCGUCUAUGAACGCGAUUUCGAAGAGUACGCCAUUCCUGAGAUUCUCAGAUCACCAAUCGAAGGUGUUGUUCUGUCUUUGAAGAACAUGGACAUUCAGACCGUAGUCAACUUCCCCUUCCCAACACCUCCAGAUCGCAAGGCACUAGCCAAGGCCGAGAAACUCCUCACCUACCUCGGUGCCAUCGAUGCUCAUGGCAAGAUCACCGAGACUGGCAAAGAGUUGGCCGCAUAUCCCUUGUCACCAAGAUUUGCAAGGAUGCUGUUGUUGGGAAGACGUUACAACCUCUCCGCUCACACGAUAGCUCUCGUAGCUUCUCUAGCUGUUCCCGAGUUGUUCAUCCCACAGACUCAAUAUAAUCUUGAGAACGCCCCUGACGAGGCAGAAUCAGACGAUGAGAACGACACAGCCAGAGAACGCUUUGCCAAACGCCAGAUCCGCUCAGAAGCAGACAACAUUGCCGCCUCAGCAGCAGAAGUAAAGAGAAGAGCAUACGGCAAAGCACACGCCACACUCUCCCGCUGGGACGACCGCAGCGAUGCAUUAAAACUGUUGACAGCAAUGGCCGCCUACUCCGCCUCCUCAUCCCCAGCAUCCUUCUGUGCCGACUACUUCCUGCGCGAAAAAGCAAUGAAGGAAGCCGGACAGCUAAAACAACAACUCACAGCCAUCGUACGCAGCCACUCCCGCACCGGCACCGACGACCCUACACUGUCUCAAAAGACACUCCCACCGCCUACAGACAAACAACGCGCCAUCCUCAAACAAUUCGUCGCUGCAGGCUUCAUCGACCAAGUCGCCGUCCGCGCCGACAUCAUCGGCGUAGCACUAUCCCGCAACCCCCGCCGCGCAAUCGAAGUCCCCUACCGCACCCUCUUCACCUCCAGCUCUGGCGACAUCGUAGGCCAAGACCCCGAAGCCCGCGCCGCAGCCAAACUCUCUUACGUCCAUCCUUCCUCCGUACUCGCGCGCCUCACAGUGCCCGAAAUGCCCGAUUAUAUCAUCUACUCGCAUUUGUCGCGGCAAGCGCCUUCGCCUCCGUUUGACAACAUCCCAAAGACUAGAUUGCAUCCUUUGACCACGGUGACGGCGAAGCAACUCGCCAAUCUUGCGGAGGGAACGCCAUUGCUGGAGAUUGGCAAGCCGGUGGGUAAGAUUGAACAGUUGCCUAGAGGUGCUGAUGGGAGGGAGCGCAGAGAAGUCUGGGUGGGGCUGAGUCUGAGGGGUGAGAAGGAAGGCACGCCUUGGCCUGUGGGCGCGAGGAAGGUGGUUCAGAAACGUGUUGGCGGUGCUUGGGAGAUUGAGAAGGUGGUUGGUUAG